AUGCUUCUUCUCCACCAGGUCGGCAGCCUAAAGACAGGCGAAGUCAUCCGCUACACUAUCACAUACAUUCCAUCGCAGGACCGCAUCCUACCGUCCCCCGAGAAGCUCUACCUCCGCGUGCGCAACACUUCGGCCAUCGCUCUCCGCGCCGCUUUCGUACACGGACCGUAUACCCUCUGCGCCGCUGCUUACCCCGCUGGCUUCAACCCCAAUGAGAAAUUCGAAUAUCCUGAACGUUAUGGCGUCCCAGAGUUUGAGCCCAUGGUCAAGGCGGGUGGUUCUUGGGAGUGUGAACUUGUGGUACCCGUUACUAUCCGACAGAGUGCUGGACUAGGAAGUCAUGGUGGUUUUGGAAAAGGGCCGUCCCAUGACCAUGAAAGCGCUAGCUGGAUUGUUGAGAUUUCUUCGCAGAUCCUCUUCUCUACAUCGGCUGCUGUCGGCUUCGAGGUUGUUCUGGCUCGUGACAAAAAGUCUUUGAGCCUGACCAACGCAAGCCAAGUGAUUAAUGGACAGACUCAAGUUUCGCAGCCUGGAAAAAUUAGUGACCAUCAGCAGGGCGUGGGAGCCAAAGAUGGGCACCAUCCCGCGCAGCCUCGAGGUGUAUUUUCUCGCGCGUUACAAGUCAAGGUUGAAGAUACUGCAGCAUUAUGGAACACGCCCAGACUCCCGGGCUGGGAUGAUAAAGGCAAUCCUGAAAAGCGUCACGGUCCAGAUCAGCACGUAGAGAGCGUAUCCAAAACGAGUGAUCCUGAAGUCGAAGAGGAUGACACUUCAAAACCACAAAAUCCAAAAAAGAAGAAAAAGGUUCAUGUUGUGAUUUUAACGCAUGGCCUCCACAGCAACCUUGGCGCAGAUAUGCUUUUCAUGAAGGAGAGCAUUGAUGCAGCUGUCAAGCAAGCCAAGAUCGAUGCCAAGGCACGGCGGGCCCGAGAGCGAGCCGAGAGGGAACAAUCAGAAAACGGUCUUGCCAAAUCAGAUACUUAUAACACCAAGGAUCAGGACAAGGUUGAAGGUGAAGACGAUGAAUCAGAUGAUGAUGAAGAAGUUAUUGUGCGGGGUUAUUCGGGCAACUCGACAAAGACGGAGCGUGGGAUUAAGUAUCUCGGAAAGCGACUCGCUAGAUACGUGUUGUCCAUGACAUACCCAGAUCAGCCAUUUCUGCCAACAGGAAAGGGAAUGGCCGAAGCUGUGUCCCAUACGUUCGACAAACAUGAUCUUCAGCAAAAGGCAGCACAUGCUCACAGUUCCAUUCAUCUUGGAAAGGACGGUGCACAUUUGCGCAAGGCAGAUCGACCAUACCAGAUCACAAGUAUAAGUUUCAUUGCUCAUUCUCUUGGUGGGCUGGUACAAACUUAUGCUAUUGCGUAUAUACAGAAGCAUUCGCCACAGUUCUUUGAUCUCAUCAAGCCUGUCAACUUUGUUGCUUUGGCUACACCUUUUCUAGGACUCAGUAACGAGAAUCCCCUAUACGUCAAGUUUGCUCUGGACUCUGGCCUCGUCGGCAGGACAGGUAAAGACCUCGGUUUGACAUGGAGAGCGCCAACAAUUGCAAGGAGUGGUUGGGGUGCUAUUGUAGGAAACUUGGGUGAAACGGCACAUAAGAAGGUCUACGGCGACUCACAACCCGAAUCAAAACCGCUCUUGAGGAUUCUACCAACAGGACCUGCACAUACAGCACUGAAAAAGUUCCGCAACCGAACUGUGUACUCCAAUGUGGUCAAUGAUGGUAUUGUUCCACUCCGCACAAGUUGUCUUCUAUUCUUGGACUGGCAAGGACUCGGACGUGUCGAGAAAGCUCGACGAGAUGCCGGUUUGGUCGAAACUGUUGUUGGUUUUGGAUGGGCCGAGUUGACAGGCUCUAGCCAGGGUAAUUCCCGACAAAGACAGCUCAUGACAGGAGAGCGUUCCGUCGGCCAAUCUGGUACCUCAUCACCUCAAAACGUUCACGAAAACAUGCGCGAGGUUCCACAGCCGCCCAGCACGGCAAUGAUAGAUGACGACCGGACGAGCUUGCGUUCCGUGGCAACUCCAUAUGGUGAUGAGGUGCCGUCCGACUCGGCUGAUUCAACUAACAGCGGGCCAUUGGCAGGGUUCUUCAACCUUUUCAAGAGUAACGAGCCACCCAAGCCUCAAAAUGUGUCACAGAAGCAAAAGAGAAUAUUUUCCAAUAGCCAAACUCUGAAAGAUGCCCCCGAUGGCCAAGGAGACGACGUCAGUGAAGCAGCUUCCACUAAGCAAUCGAAGGCCACAACUGGUCAUGAAGGCGAAGAUGAGAUGACAGCUCCGCCAAGGACCACUGUCUUUGAAUCAGCCAGUGACCUUCUCAACCCCAAAAUGCCCGACGUUGACUAUCUCGUUGAUCCAUCUAAACGACCACGAACUAUCUUCCAUGACCGUGUCUAUCAUCCAGCGGACAUACCAGGACCGCCGCUGAAGAAGCGCCCCUCAACACUGGUUAGAAGGAAGACUGGUCAACGACAGAACUCGAUAGGGCAGGCUUCAACAAGCAGUACAGGCUCUAAUCCUUACCCCUCUAUAAAUCAUGAGGACAGCUCGCUGUCGGCGAAAGAUUACGAUGAUACAGCAAAUACGAAUCCGGACAAGGAUAUUCACGAAAUGAUCGACACGUCCAACAUGCGUGUGGAAGAGAAGAUUGCAAGAGCAUAUCAUAAAGACCUGUCCUGGAGGAAAGUGCUCGUCAAGGUUGAGCCGGAUGCCCACAACAACGUGUUAGUCCGACGCAUGUUUGCCAAUGCUUAUGGAUGGCCCGUAGUCAAGCAUCUAGUCGAUACUCACUUCAGCGACUCGGCAGCCGCCCGCCUUCGCAAUGAAGACGAGGACAACCGAGAGCGAGCCCGCAACAUGAAUGAGCCACCAGACGCGCAUGGUGCGGAGCUCAAAAAGAGCCGAGAUGAUCUCGCGGGCAUGACCAGGACAGACAGCGAGUCACGGGAGGCCCUUGAUAAGGUAUCAGAUCUACCCAAGGCGGGACAGUCAAAGCGAAACAGCGAUGCCUCGACGGACCAACGCCCGAGGGCAGAGAGAGCGGAUUCCGUGUCGUGGAGUGAUCGGGACUGGCAUGAUAGUGACAAUGACAGUGAUCUAGACUUUGGUGGAGAAGCACCGGGCCCAACGUCGCCGUCGGCAUUGGGUCAGCAGGACAAGGGCAAAGAGGCGCAGGGGUCAUCGGCCGGGUGGAACUGGACGGAGAAGAUUGUGGGCAAGGGAGCAUCACGGACGAAGAGUCCCGUGCAUGGAGGCGGGGAGGAGCUAAAGACGAAUAGGUCUGAGCAUUAA